AUGCAGUCCUACAGGCAGAGUAUACAUUUUUAAAGUAGGGGGACCGUCCUGAUGUGUCACACCAUUUUUGCAUUUAAUGUGCAGACUGAACAGCAGCAGUCACUCAUUCAAAUGUAGCUUGUAAUAGCAUUGCAUAGUGGAACAACAAACCCAAGACUCUGCACAGGCUCAGAGGGAACCGACUGGCAUGUGUGGGAUGUCUCUGCAGAGUGAGUCGCAGCACAGUUUGACUCUGAGUGGGACACAGCCCAGUACAGCGGCCAGUGCGUCAGGUUGUGGUGUGGCAGUGAUGCAGCGCAGAAACAGAAGCCGUACACACUGGAGUCUAUUCACCCAACACGCCUGCUCUCCAUCGAAGUAGACACUCGGCCGGUCUGCCUUUCUUUACAGACAGCCCCUUUGGCAUGGUAGAUUUAACCUUCCAAGCAUGGCACUGUGUAAGUAAAUCUAACCUAGCACAGAAAGUGAAUGUGCAACACUUCCUCUCCGCCAUGUGCUCCUGCAUUAAGUGGAGACAGCUCCAGUCUCUGCUGUGGGCUGAAUGCUUGGCUGAAGUUGUAAAGGAUCCCCUCUGAGGCAGUGCCCGUGAGAAGCCACCAUGGUACGCCUGACGGUAGAGCUGAUCGCUAAAUCUAGGAACCACUUCAAAAAGAAGAGGGGCCUCUCCUUCCCAGAGUACCUCAGGACACUUACCCACCUCCACUUUUCCAAUAAGAAUAUUGAGGAUAUUGGUGAUCUGUCCAUGUGUAGGAACCUCACUGUGCUUUACCUGUAUGAUAAUCAGAUCACAAACAUUUGCAACCUUGGCUUUGCCUUCAACCUCACUCAUCUGUACAUGCAGAACAACAACAUCACACAUAUAGAUAAUCUGUCUAACCUGCAGAGACUGUCCAAACUGUAUCUUGGUGGAAACAGGAUCACAGUGGUGGAGGGUUUAGAGCAGCUCAAGGAGCUUACAGAGCUUCAUCUGGAGAACCAGAGACUGGCACCAGGGGAAAAGUUGCUCCUUGACCCUAGGACUCUCUGCUCCCUCGCUAAAUCUCUCUGUGUCCUGAAUAUUAAUAACAACAACAUUGACGAGCUGAGGGACUUGGCAGUGCUGAAAGAACUUCAGCAUUUUUCUGCUGUUGACAAUAAGUUACACAAUAUGGAGGAGUUAGAGGACGUAUUCAGCCACUGGCCUCAACUGCUUCAGAUGGAUUUGGGAGGAAAUCCUGUGUGUAAAAAACCCAAGUACAGAGACCGCUUGAUAACUGUCUGCAAAAAACUCGAGAUUCUUGAUGGAAGAGAAAUUAACGAAUUGACCAGACAGUUUCUAAUUAACUGGAAAGCAUCCAAAGAGGCCAAGAAGAAAAGAAAUAAGCACAUGAUGACGAGACAGUUUAUCCCCUAUCCAUUUACAAAUGACUUGAACAUGGGCCACGGUGAACCUCCUGGUCACACUCACAGCGAUGGUAAUGUGCAGAGGUGGAAUCCACAACAGUCUCUCUAAGGAUGCAAAAAUGGAAAAAUCCCACGAGUGUGUUUGACGUGGAUGUCUCAUCCACCAUCUGCAGUCAUGGGGCUUCAUAACACAAACAGUCUACUGACCUCCCCACCUACUCUUCAUGCGCAGCCCAGGACUGCUCCUACUGCUUUGUUAAAGCCGCUCGGUCCUAAUCUCUGCAGAUUUGUAAUCAUAUAUUUACCAAGAUAGAGACAAGUCUCCAUGUCUGUAAUUGCAGACACUGCAGCAUUCUGUGUUGUCCUUGCUCUAGU